CCCACACGGCGACGCCUUGGAUUCGCUCGCAUUCCAAUCGACUAGCGCAGCGCAGACGCGGUGGCGUCUCGCUCCCGUCUCGCCUCCUAGCAUCAUCCGACGCGCCACUCCACGCGGGGCACCGCGGCGGCCGCGCCAGCGAUGCCCAGCCCGAUCGCCGCCUGCUUCCGCUGCGCCGCGGCGCCGUCCUCGGGCGCGGCGGGGCCCAGCCUGGCGACCUCCGUCUACGAAACCCACCUCGGGCUCGUUGCGCUCUCCUGGUCCCGCACCUCGCUCGGCCUCUCCCUCCGCGCCGUGCUCCGCCUGUCGCCCCUGCCCACGCCCGGCAACUCCUCCUCGGCGUCCGGAGCGGGCUACCUCGAAGACGACGCGGACGAGGAGGAGACGCUCGCCUUCCGCGUCCGCCCGUGGCUCCUCUGGCGCCGGCGCGGGUCCAGGCGGUUCCGCGCCGGCGACCGCCUCGUCGACCUGGCAUGGGACCUCUCGCGCGCGCGCUUCCCGGGCUCCGGGUCCCCCGAGCCCUCGUCGGGCUUCUUCGUCGCCGUCGUCGUCGACGGCGAGAUGGUCCUCGCGGCUGGGGACCUGCCCGAUGCGGCCUACCGGAGGACCCGGGCCCGGCGCCCGUCCGGCCCGCGUCCGGUCCUCCUCUCACGGCGGGAGCACGUCUCGCUACGCGACGCGGGCGCCGGCCGAGGCCGCAGCCACACCACCUGGGUGAACGUCCAGGGCAAGGAGCGGGAGAUCUCCGUGGAUCUCGUGGCCCGCGGCCGUGCCAGGGACAAGGACAAGGACAGGGACAGGUCCGCCGCCAGCAGCAGGGAGAAGGAGAAGGACCGGGCUGACGUCGGCAUGUCGGUCUCCGUCGACGGCGAGCGGGUGCUCCACGUGCGGCGCUUGCGCUGGAAGUUCCGCGGCAGCGAGCGGGUCGACCUCGGCGGCGGCGACGGCGUCCAGGUCUCCUGGGACCUCCACAACUGGCUCUUCCCCCCGCGCGAGCCGCCCCCCGCGGACGCCUCCACGCACGCUCACGCCCACGCGGUGCUCGUCUUCCGCUUCGAUCUCGCCAGCGGCGGCGAGGAGCGCGAGGCGGAUUUGGGGAAGGAUCCCUCCUCCCCCGACAAGGCCGCGACCGCGAGGAGGAACACGGGCGUCUGGGGAGGCGGCUACCUCGCGCGGUGGGGGCAACGGGACUGGAGCGAGACGGGCAGCAACGGCGAGAGGAGGAAGGGCAGGGGGCGCAGGCUGGCCAAGGAGAGCUCGUCGUCGUCGGCGUCCGUGGCAUCCUCGACGGCGUCGUGGGCCAGUGGCUCCACGGUGAUGGACUGGGCCAGCCCCGAGGAGGCCGAGAUGCAGCGCGGCAACGGCUUCUCGCUGCUCAUCUACGCCUGGAAGAGCUAACACCGGCGGCGACAGCGGCAUGGUUCCGAUUCCGAUCCAUUGGCGAUGAUGGUAAAUUUUCUCUUGGAUUGUUGUAGGUUGCAGUGUUCUUGUGCAGUUAGAGACUGGAGGGAUUGAGGAAUUGAGCUUGAUUACAGUAGCGCCAUUGCUAAAUUAGUGUAAUGAGCAAUUGGUGUCGAUUUUUUUUUCAUUACUAAACUAGAACAAUUUUCUUCCCUGGAUUAUUAGCAUUAAUGAAUGAAAUGAACCCAACCAACAGCAAAUCUAUUUGCCUAGCAUCUAGGGCAAUGGCUGGGGAUAUUUUGAGCAA